CAGUCAUCCUCUCCCGCCGCUGCUGAGCCUGCGACGUUAGCCGUGGAUGAAAAAAGAAAUCUCUCUUUUUGCUUCAGCCAACGGACGCAUACUUUGGAAAGGAAAUAAGUGAAGAAUUUCCAGUUUUCACAAAGGACACACAGCAGAGUGGUCAGACGAGAGAAAGGUGCAAUCUUGUGUCUCGACGAAGACAGCUGAAGAGUGAGAAGUUGCAACAAAGACAGGAAACAGAUUCUCCAUUACUCCAAGGAUCCAUCUAUUUGACUGAGUCACAGCUGAAGCCAAAGGAGAAACUAUGAAGACAAGCUGUCUCACCCCGCAUUGCAGCCUAACAAGAUAUGACAUAACAUGGAUCCCCUGCUAAUCACCAUGACCAUAAAGCUGUGAAUGGCAUUGUGAAGCCUUCACCCCUUUCUCAGCACCCAAUCCAGACCCUUCUCCUCUUUUAAAAUCCUUCAUAGCAACCAUUGUUGCUUCCCCUAUCUCCUGCAAACGCGACCUCCUUUCCUGCCUGCCCCUACAUUUUUGUCCUUAAUUAUUAUAAUUUAGAUUUAUUUUCAUCCGCAUCAUGCAGGGUGCAUUUACCACCUCCACUCUCCUUUUAUUUAUUCUCCCCUCCUUCAUAUUCUUCUCCCACUUUCCCUACAUGGUCAAUGGAGACUGCUGGCUCAUUGAGGGGGACAAAGGCUAUGUGUGGCUGGCUAUCUGCAGUCAGAACCAGCCGCCGUACGAGACUAUCCCUCAGCACAUCAACAACACUGUCCAUGAUUUGAGAUUGAAUGAGAACAAGCUUAAGGCUGUGCUCUUCAGCUCCAUGUAUCGCUUCACCAACCUGACUGAUCUCAACCUCACCAAGAAUGAAGUCAGCUAUAUUGAGGAUGGAGCCUUUGCAGGACAAGCCAACCUACAGGUUCUUCAGCUGGGCUACAACAAGUUGACGAACAUAACUGAGGGUAUGAUGAGAGGGCUUGGCCGCAUGCAAUGCCUCUUCCUCCAGCACAACCUUAUUGAGGUUAUUGCCAGCAAUGCAUUCUGGGAGUGUCCCAGCCUCAGCAGCAUUGACCUGUCAUCCAACAAACUUGGCCGCAUUGACCCAUCCACAUUCACAGUUCUUAGUCGGCUGAUGGUGUGUGAACUGGCAGCAAAUCCAUUCCAUUGCGGCUGUGAUCUUUAUAGUUUCCUAACCUGGUUGGAGUCCUUCAACAAUGUAACACACACCUAUGACCGCCUCCAGUGUGAGACGCCCCGGGAAAUGUUUGGCUACCCGUUACUUAUCGCUGCUGGCCAUACUGGUCGAAAUGCCAAAAACACUUUGUACCAUCGCUGCAGAGAUGGAGUGAUGAUUCCAGGAAUGACUUCUCUACCACCAGAUCUGGAUGGUCCUUCCGGGAUCGGACCAGAGAUGUUUGGUGGUGUGGGGCCGUACCACCAGCCCACCACCUCUUCUUCAUCCACUGAACACAGCAUUCCCAGCAUCAAGCUCCAACAUGUCUCUUUGUCAUCAGCCUCUCUCCUUGUGCAGAUCCCAAAUCCCUACAGCAAAAUGUAUAUUCUAACACAAUACAACCAGACCUUUGUGUCUGACGUCAUGAACUUGAAGAACAGGAAGGAGAUGAUCACCCUCAGCAAGCUCAAGCCACACACCAAUUACUCCUUCUGUGUAGCAUCCAUCCGCAACUCUCAACGUUACAACCACACCUGCGUCCAGUUUUCCACUCGGGCUCAAAAUCAGGAUGACACGCUGCCCACACCUUCAACAACUACUCACUACAUAAUGACCAUUGUGGGCUGCCUUUUUGGAAUGCUCAUAGUUUUAGGCUUUGUGUACUAUUGUCUACGUAAGAAACGGAUGCAUGAUGAGAAGAGGAAGUCCAUCUGUGUCAAGAAAACUAUAUUGGAAAUGCGCUAUGGACCAGAGGUGGCAGCAGCAGUGGCAAAUGAUCCAUCAGCAGUCCAUAAGCUUCAGGAACAGUCCAGAGAACAUCACCAGUAUCUGCACCAACAUGGAGGCAAACUUCCCAUGUCCGCAUCCUCUAGUUUGGGAAUGCUCCACUCAGCUAACACCAGUUCCUCCAGACUUUCCUCUAUCCCACAAGUAGAAAAGAUGGCCACUGCCUUUUCAGAGGCCAUGGCUAGUAAAGGAAACUAUAUGGAUGUCAGAACUGGAGGGGCAGGGAUUGAGAGGUUGGGAGAGGGUGGGCAUGGAGGGAUGGACUUGAGGGACGAUGAUGGAACUGAUGUUGGCGACGACUCAGAUGAUGACGGUCGUGGCUCUGCAUCAGAGAUUUCCACCAUUGCCAUGGAGGUGGACAAGGUUAACCAGAUCAUUAACAACUGCAUUGAUGCACUGAAACUGGAUGCAGCAGCAGUUGCUGCUUCAGGGGCCUCUACUAACCCUAUGUCCUGCUCCAAUCCAACCUCCCCACCCCCCACCAGCACAUCCUCCCUUACUCAUGGCCUAAUUCCACUCUCCCAAGGGGUGACAGAGACGUGCCAAAUCAUUGCUCCCAACAAAAUACCCCCUCCACCUCCACUCCCUGCUUUGAAUGCCCCUCUCUCUGAGCGCCCAGGGAUCAGUGGUGGUGGCUUUGUCGUCACUCCCCCCUACAGGCCCCCUCCACCAGCCACUGCUGUACGUCCUAUUCAGCGACAAAUGAGUGCAGAUGCAGCUGUGGUUAUUGUAAAUGCUGUUAAGAAACAGUGCAGCACCACCUCUUGUGGCUCCAUGGGUCGGGACAGGGAACGUGGAGGAGCUAGGGUGUAUAGCCUGGAUGUUCCAGAGCCACGUAGCCCAGAUGCCUGUAAUCAACAACAGCAGCACUACCCAGACCGGGCCAGCCCCGUGGGCUGUGGGGAGCCCCUAGAGAGGCUGCCUUUAGUGGGAAGUGGGAGCUGCGGUGGUGGGGGUGGUGGUGGUUGCGACAGUGGUGGUGUUGGUGCCCAACAUAAGGACAGCCAGAAACAACACCAUUACCAUCAAAAUCAACAAAUACAACAUCAGCAGCAGCAGCAGCAGCAGCAACAGCAGCAGCAGCAGCAGCUAGAGGUGCAGCAGGACUACCACUGCUCGGAGCACCGCCACUCUGUCCCAGCUCUAUAUUAUGAAGGCUCCCACCAAGGCUCCCCAGCCCAAAAGGUUUCCUUCUUGAAGCCCCUGACGCGCUCCCGCAGGGAUGCAGCAUCUUACUCCCAGCUUUCGCCUGCCCGCCACCAUUCCAGUUACUCUGGCUACUCCUCCAGCCCAGAGUACUCCUCAGAGAGCUCGCUGCGGAUCUGGGAGCGCUUUCGUCCCUACAGGAAAGGCCAGCGUGAUGAGGCCUGUUAUGUGACAGCCGGAAAUGCCCUUAGAAAAAAGGUGCAGUUUGCUAAAGGCGAGGACCUGCAUGACAUCCUUGAUUACUGGAAGGGGGUGUCAGCACAGCAGAAGCUGUGACUGGGGGAUCAGGGAUGGGUAUUGUGGGAAAAAUAGUUUGGAUACUUCUUUUCCUGAUAGGCCAGUGGGCCAGACAAAACAAUAUGAAGAUGGGGAAAACAAUUUAGGACAAAAUUUUGCCUUUGGUUUUUUUGGCAUGCUAGGUGUAUAGAAUAUUGUGCUAAAGCAAGGACUGUGAAACUGUGCCUGGGAUAUGAGAGUCAUGAUGGUGUUUUAUUUUACACUUUUUUGUAGCACCUUUUUUGGAUCAUUCUCAUUUGGUGUUUGUGGGUUUUAUUUAUAGCACAGGGAGCAAAUGCCAACUGUGUAAUUUAGUACUCUUUGAGUGAUCAUGGUUUGUGAUCCUAAGGACCGUCUUUAUUAGUGCCAUGUUUUCAUCUAUGGGUAAUCACAGAAGUUAAAUGCUGAUAUCCUUCAUUUUAAGCUUGUGUGAUCCAAGGUGUUGUUUCCUAUUUGGUAUUGGGUACUGUAUCAAUUUGCAGUGUGCACUUGGAUAUGCUUAGGCUUCUAAGUGAAGGGAGACUAUGAUGGGUGGGAACUGUGCUUUGUUACAAGUGACAACAUGCCGUUUAGUGAACAGAGUUGUUAGUUGCACACCCUAUCUCUCUUCGAUGAGAUCAUACAUGCAGCUUAGGUAUUUGCAUGUCUAUAGCAUCUGUAACAGAAAGAAAGAAGAAAUUGGAAUGAAAUGAAUGAAUGAACACUUGACUGAAAACAGUGAAGUGGGCUUAAAGUUCCUGCAGCAUAAGAAAUUUAUGAGAGAGAGAGAGAGAGAGAGAGAGAGAGAGAGAGAGAGAGAGAGAGAUUAAAGUGGAACCUUAGCCUAAGAUAGUUGUGUGAGUAGCUGUGUUUCAACACAUCUUUCAACUAACGCUCUUGCAUGGUACAAUGAGUGAUGUAAAAUAUGUUGUCCCGCAGAUGUCCCAAACUGUCCUAAACAACAUUUUCCCAAGUAAUGAUCAGAAUUGUGAGCAUAAUUUGAAGGGGUAUAGAGAGAAAUUUAAAGCAAGAUGGAUAAUAAAAGAAAAGCAAGAAUAUAUUUUUUUUCUGCAGCCACUGUGAAUGUAAUUAGAUUACAAGCAGUACACCACAGUACAUUCCAAAACCUUUCUCUAACAUUAUAACGGAUGAGGCACAGAGAGAAAGGACACUUAUAAUUACUGCCAACAUGUCUGUUCUAUUCUGGAAAUUAAUGCUAUUGUUGUCUAUUGAUAACCUAAUUAGCCAUCUUUGUGACAGGCAUGUCCGCUUGCACUUUACGCCUCAUGAUUGUGUGUGUGUGGUUGUGUGGUACACUGGUCAGUGUAAGUGGGUGUUGGCAUGCCUUGUCAGAUUAUAUUGUAUGUGCCCAAAUUGACUUUGAUUAAUAGAUGUCAUAUCUUUCCCAUUGGCUGGUUGUCUGAGUCUAAACAAUAUUCGAUUAUUAAUGGCAUGGACAAAUGUACAAAUAUCAACAAUGUUUAUUGUAUUUUCCCAGACAUACAUCACAUUACCAUGAUGCUCAGAUAUAUCACAGUAGUGCAUUGCCUCUUGCUAACACAGCCAUAAUCUAAUCUCCAUUCUUGUAUAGUAUCAUUCAUCCACCUGGCCUUUUCUACUGAACCUAAGUAGAAAAAUCCUAUUUCCUGGCAUUCUGACAAAAGGCAUCCUGCUUACAAACAUUGCUGUGUAGCCUUUGAAGUUUUGCAUCAUCAGCUAACAUACACAAUCUGAGACAUCCUAGCCUAAAAAUGUGAAAACUGAAUCAGUGGUCCUUACUCCACAUUUUUGUAUAUUCAAGAGAAAAUAAGUUUAAUUUUAGGAAGCUUUUUAAUCUUUCUUUUGGUCCUCACUUCUUUACUGUAAAUUAUGUUCCUUUGGCCCACCUCCCACUACCUGUCCUUCUCCUGCAGGUCCAAUGGGUUAUGGGUUUGGUCCUGUUGUGUUUGAUUAAAUGAGAAAAGUGAGAAAUUGCUUUUCUUCUGCACAGCACAUAACACUGCUUUUAUUCUUUUUUUUUUAGAGCAAUUGAUUUUUUUAGCAUGCACUUAAUAUUUAUCGACGACGUUUCAUUUACACCAAUUUUAUUUAUUUUCAGAAAAUAGAUUUUCAGGGGGACAGAUGUAUGUUCAACUGCUCUUCUGCUCAGAUUUCAUUAACACAUUUGUUUGAUUAAUCUCUUUAACGAUACAGCAUUACAGGCCCAACAGGAAACAAUGUCAAUGCUGGUGGGAGAACUGCCAAUUUGUCCAAUGAUUUAUAAACAGUGAUUUCACCAUAGCUCCAAUGAGUGCUGGAGGGGAUAUUGUGUUUCUCUUCAUUAAUAAUUUCUUGAAAGCCUUCUGCCAAAAUAACCACAAGGUAGUCAUGUAAAAUGGAAAGAAUAGUUUACACACAAUCCAUUUUUUAUAUAUAUCUACAGUUGUCACUCUACAGGAUUAGAGCUUUCGAUAAAACAGAGUACACUCUCAAAUUAUUUAAAUCUCAAGCAGGACCAGAAAUAUUUCUCAAAACAUUAGCCGCAUCAUUCUACCUGUUUUUUUUGUCCCACAAAGCCAGCAUCAAACAAGAAACCCUUUUCUUCCUUCUCCUUAUAUCCUCGUUGGACCCCUGGAGGGUGGCUCGCUCAGAGAUCAAUCUUCCCCUAUCUGUGUAUACUGCCAGAGAAUAACAUGUUAAUGCUUUGAUGCUCUCUCAUAUUUAACGCCAGGCCCAAUUAAACUAAACUCUUUCUUAAAUUAUGAAUCACAGCCCAAAACGGGGAGUGGGUUUAUGUCUAAUCCGUUUCUGAAUUACUAAAGGAGUUAAAUGCUUCCAUUAGCAAAGACAGUACAACAGUAAAAGGUCUCAGUCCUCCCAUGACACACUGCACUUUCUGUGUCAUUGAAGCAAUCUCAGUCAACGUGUGACUUUGCUUUUACUGUCUGAGUGAUCAUCAUCAUUUAAAGGUAAUCGGAGAGGGCAAUACUAACUAUUAAUACAGAAAAAUCAGUGUAGUAAUUUUUUUGCUUGAUCAUUUACUGGAUCAUCAUCAUACAAUGAAGAAGGAACAUGUAUACAAACCUGUAGAACUGAAAGCCUUGUGCCUAUGUAUGCACAGAGAAUGCAUGUAAAGAAUAAAUCAUGCUGAGUAAUUAAAAGAAAAUAACAGUCAUAAUACAUAAUAAUGUUAAAUAACCCGUGUUGACUCGUUCACACCAAUAGCAAGCUUAUUUUUUUCAUGCUGUUGAUUAUGUGGCAUAUUAGAGGGAUUUUGGAAUAUUUUUCUCUCUCUAACCCCAUCCCCUUCCUAACACACGCACACACACACACACACACACACACACACACACACACACACACACACACACCAAGAGUGAGUCAGAAUGAGUCACAGUCUGACUAAACUAAACGACUGGGGAGUCUUUUCCUGAAAGGAAGGUAAUGGGCAAGGUCUUCAAAGAGAAGACCGCAAUAAUACAGGGGCUUUGGCUCAAUGCAGGCAGACAAAUAGGAUAAAAGAUGUGGAAGCAAUAAAACUUACCAUGCUGAUUUGGUGUGCUGCUGAAAAUUAACCAUAACAAUGACAAUGGCUCUGACACACCAACCCGACGGCCGACCUUAGGCAGAAAAGGCAGUCAGACUGACUGCCUCCCCGAGUUGCUCAAAAAAGUGCCUCGAAACACACAGAA